CUGUUGGAAAUAAUCUUCCUUCAGCAUUGUGACAAUUUGCUCUUUUCCAUUUUUAUUACCUAUUGCUGUGUUUAAAAUUAACAGCAAGUGUAGCAGAUUGAGACAACCAUAGCAUUUUUUAAUGUGGGUCAGGAAUAUGGGGGUGCCUGAGCUGGUUGGUUCAGCUUGGAGUCCUUCAUGAGGUUGCAGGAGAGCUCUCUGCCAGGGCUGCAGGUACUUGAAGCCUUAACUGGAGCUGGGCCAUCAGCUUCCAAAAUGCUCACUCAUGCAACUAGGAAGUGACGCUGCUAGCUGUUGGGGGCCUCCCGUUCCUCCCCUGGGGAGCUCUCCAAAGGAACUCUGAGGGUCCUCACCACAGGACAGCUGACCUCCCCCAGAGCAAUGGAUCCAAGAGAGAGGCAGACAGAAGCUGCAGUGUCUUGUAUGGUCCAGCGACAGAGACCCGCACGAUCAUUUCAGCGUGUCCUAUCCGCAGGCCUUACCCCGGGUGGAAGAGAACGCGCAAAGUGCGCACGCCCUGCGGCGGGAGUCACCAGAGGCUGUCUGGAGGCUGGUCUUAAGUUUCCAGGGUUAUUCUGAGAGCUCCAAAAUAAUCAUUUUUCUGAUCCUUUGUAUGUGAUUUGUUCUAUGUUCUCUCUGCUUUCUUUCAAUCUCUCUCAGUCUCUAGGUUCGAAGAAAGUAAUUUUUCUCUCCAGUCUUUUGAAAUAUCAUGUAAAUUCCAUUUUCAUCUAUUAUUCUGGGCACCCAGAGCACACUUGCCAUCAGUAAACUCAUGUUCUUCAGUUUGAGGAAAUUUCCUUGCAUUAUUUUAUUAUUUCCCCCCCUCCAUUUCUUUUUUAUCUUUUCCUGGCAUUCCUGUCAAUCUUGGACAUACUGUAUACAGGUCUUUUCGUUUUUUAAUCUUUAACAGGUUUUUUUUUUUUUUUGCCUGUAUUCUGGAAGAUUUCUUCAAUCAUAUCUUCCAGAUAUUUUAUUGGGCUUUUCAUUUCUUUCAGACUUUUUAUUGCCCCAAACGUCUUGUUUCCUGAAGGUUCUUUUUGAAUGGCAUCCUGUUCUUGCUUCUCAUUCUUGCCUGUCUUUCCUCUGAACUUACUCAUGAUUGUUUCAUUUUAAUUUGGGGCAUUUUCUUCUCCCUAAUUUGUAUCUGUAGCCUUUGGUUGGUUGGCUUAUUUUUUUGGUCUUUCUCCAUCAUGUUUGAGGUUCUCCUCAGUAGUUCUUGAAUCUUCUGCUCAUAUAUGAGUGGGGACGGCAAUGCUGACCGUAAGCUCUGAGCACAGGACCGGGGCUUGUCCACGUGGGCGGUGUGGCCGAGCCUUUUGCGUGGAUCCUUUGAAGUCAGUAUCUUCAGGCAUCUCCUCCUGGGCGGCCACACCUCCCAGAAAGGAGGGAGAUGCCUGCUUGAUUCCCUUGUUUUCUCCCUGGCCCUCUCAUACCCAGCUGGGCCUGGGACCCUUAAUUUACUCCCUACAAAACUAAGUUUACAAGUCCUGUGGGGGUUGGGGGAUGGAAAAGGGAUUGGCUGACUCCUUACCACUUCCAGAGGGACUUGGUGCUGCCAGUCCCCCAGGCAGUUCCGGAUUCCACUGCUAACUUAGAAUUGCUUUCUAGAGUUAUUUCUACCUGUCCACCUGUCUUUCCAGCUUCCAAGAUGUGGGUGCUGCCUCCUUUCCCAUAUCCCCAUCCUCGUGGACUCAGGUGUUUCUAAAAACUUCCCUUUUCUGUCUUAAAGCAGGGUUUCAGGAGGGAGCGAAAGUAGACGCAUGUGUUGCUCCUCACCUCUGCCUGGAAGUGGCGGUCACGGUCACGGUCACAGGCAUUUUCAUGGGGGCCCUGGCUGAGCUCAGAAGUCACACACACAGGUUAAGUGUGAGGACAGAGGCAGGGUAUGUUCCCAGGGCGGCCUGUCGUCAGGUCCGGCUCCUGGCUCCUGGCGUGCCCUGUCCUCCCUGCCUGGAACUCCGGGCAGCAGGAGUCAUGGGGUCGAUUCCCAGAAUCCCAGGGCCGGGGAGGCUGGGGCAGGGCCAUGCGGUGGACAAACAGAUCAAAGGUGAGACAAGACACCGUGGGACUCCAGACCGAGCCUGGCCAGCUGGACGGGUGCACCAUGAGGCUGCUGAUCUUCCUGGGCCUGCUGUGGAGCUCAGCAGCCCCACCCUCAGGCCCUCAGUGGCCUGAGCCGGUGUUCGGGCGCCUGGCCUCUCCCGGCUUCCCCGGGGUGUAUGCCAACAACCAGCAGCAGCGCUGGGCCCUGACUGCUCCCCCCGGCUACCGCCUGCGCCUCUACUUCACCCACUUCCACUUGGAGCUCUCCUACCUCUGCGAGUACGACUUUGUCAAGGUGCCGGCAGGGCAGCUGAGUUCAGGACCCAAGGUGUUGGCCACGCUGUGCGGGCUCGAGAGCACAGACACGGAGCGGGCGCCCGGCAACGACACCUUCCACUCGCUGGGCUCCAACCUGGAAGUCACCUUCCGCUCUGACUACUCCAAUGAGCAGCCAUUCACGGGCUUUGAGGCCUUCUACGCAGCAGAGGACAUCGAUGAGUGCCAGGUGCCCCCGGGAGAGGCACCGCCCUGUGACCACCACUGCCACAACCACCUGGGCGGUUUCUACUGCUCCUGCCGCGUGGGCUACGUUCUCCACCGGAAUAAGCGCACCUGCUCAGCCCUGUGUUCAGGCCAGGUCUUCACCAACCGGUCCGGGGUGCUCAGCAGCCCUGAAUACCCGCAGCCGUACCCCAAACUCUCCAGUUGCACCUACAGCAUUCUCCUGGAGGAGGGGUUCAGUGUCAUCCUGGACUUCGUGGAGUCCUUCGACGUGGAGACGCACCCUGAAACCCGGUGCCCCUACGACUCCCUCAAGAUUCAAACCGACAAAGAGGAGCACGGCCCAUUUUGUGGGCAGACGUUGCCCCCCAGGAUUGAAACGAAGAGCAAUUCAGUGACCGUCACCUUUGUCACCGAUCAGUCAGGGGACCACACAGGCUGGAAGAUCCUCUACACCAGCACAGCUCGGCCUUGCCCUGAUCCGACGGCACCACCUAAUGGCCAUGUCUCACCGGUGCAAGCCACCUACGUCCUGAAAGACAGCUUCUCCAUCUUCUGCGAGACUGGCUACGAGCUUCUGCAAGGUUCUUUGCCCCUGAAAUCAUUUGCUGCAGUCUGUCAGAAAGACGGAUCCUGGGACCAGCCGACGCCGGAGUGCAGCAUUGUUGACUGUGGCCCUCCUGAUGACCUACCCAACGGCCAAGUGGAGUACAUCACGGGUCCAGAAGUGACCACCUACAAAGCUGUGAUUCAGUAUCGCUGUAAUGAGACCUACUACACAAUGAGGGCAAACGACAGUAAAUAUGUAUGUGAGGCUGAUGGAUUCUGGACGAGCUCCAAAGGAGAAAAAUCACUCCCCGACUGUGAGCCUGUUUGUGGAGUAUCAACCCGUACUACAAGAGGUCGUAUAUACGGAGGGCAAAAUGCAAAGCCUGGUGAUUUUCCUUGGCAAGUCCUGUUAUUAGGUGAAACGAUAGCAGCAGGGGCACUUUUGUACGACAACUGGAUCCUCACGGCUGCCCAUGCUGUGUAUGAGCAAAAAGAAGAUGCCUCCUCCCUAGACAUUAGAAUGGGUGCCCUGAAGAGACUGUCAACUCAUUAUACACAAGCGUGGGCGGAGGCCAUUUUCAUACAUGAAGGCUACACUCAUAACGCUGGUUUCGAUAAUGAUAUAGCACUGAUUAAAUUGAAGAGCAAAGUUGUAAUCACUAGCAACGUCAGGCCUGUUUGUUUGCCAAGAAAAGAAGCUGAAUCCUUCAUGAGGACAAAUGACAUUGGGACUGCAUCUGGAUGGGGAUUGACCCAAAGGGGUUUUCUUGCCAGAAGUCUAAUGUUUGUUGACAUACCAAUUGCUGACCAUCAAAAAUGCACCGCUGCUUAUGAAAAGAAGCCCUAUCCAGGGGGAAGGGUAACUGAGAACAUGCUUUGUGCUGGCCUAGAAAGUGGAGGUAAGGACAGCUGUAAAGGUGACAGUGGAGGGGCACUGGUGUUCCUAGACAGUAAGACCCAGAGGUGGUUUGUGGGAGGAAUAGUGUCCUGGGGCUCCCUUAGCUGUGGGGAGGCAGAUCAGUACGGGGUCUACACAAACGUCAUCAACUAUACUCCCUGGAUCAAGAACAUAAUGAAUACUUUUUAAUUAGUUUUCAA